GUUUCUUCCCCGUGUACAUCCAUAUAUAUAUAUAUAUAUACAUAUAUUUGUAUCUUUGUGUAUGUUCACGCAUGCAUGUGCUCGUGCUCGGGCACUGAUGUGCAGGCUCGUGGAUGUUGGUGCUUCGAAGCGCGCGAGUGUCGCCCGUAGAAUGGAGUUGAAUCGCGGCUUUUGUCUUCAUGGACAAGGCUGGGGAAGUCCGUUCGAGUUCUGUGCAUUUGUUCUGCAUGCGUCCGUUGCUUUUUUUUCCGCGUACCUCUUGUCCUCCACUCUGGCCUCCCGGCGGCAGCUGCUGGCUGCCGAGCUCGCGCAGGGGGUGUGCCUGCGCAACAUGCUGGCGGGACUGGGCGAAACUGCAUGCGCUGGGUUCUUCAGUGCCCGGCCUUCUCACGGGGAACAGGCGUUCGAGUUUUGAACGGCGUU